AUGACACUUAAUAUUAUCUUAAUCCCAGGGGGUCAAAAUUUACUCGCCGUAUAUGGUCAUCUGUCUACCUUCUAUAUACGGCGACCAAAUUUCAAUGUUUUGGCAAAGUUUCAGCUCAAUACAAAGAUCAAAAAUGAGUUCGUUAACUCGACAUAUAUGGAAAUAUUUUGUGUACCCAUUUAUAUCACACAGCAAGGAAGAACAAGUAUACGAAAUGUUUCUAACAUUUCUGGAAAGUUAAUAUCUUCAAUCUAUUAUUCUAUUAUGUUAAUCUUUAACCUGGUCCAUGUCUGGCUUUUUUUUUAUGCCAUUGAUGCUUUUACAGUGGAUUCAAGUUUUGUAAAAAAAAAAAAUUUGUACAAACUUCAACACGUUUUCAGCGAGUUAAACCAUUUCUACCCUGUCCACGAGGAACAAAUAACAGGAAUCGUCAACUACAAAGCUCUAGUUAUAGCAAAAUUUGAUUAG